GGAGGAGGAGGAGGAGGAGGAGGAUGCGCCAUUUUGAAAGUGGAAGGAGAGAGGAGGAUCAGAGAGGCAGGGGAGCGCUGAGCUUCAUAAUCCAUCCCCAUCCUCAUUGAGUGCCAGCGUUCACUACACACAGCCUGGCGAAAGUAGCGCUCGCAGACACGCAGUCAGCGCCAGGGACAGCCGUAAGCACACCAUGGCAGGAGGCGGGGGUAAUGAUGUGCAGUGGUGCUUCUCUCAGGUGAAGGGGGCCAUCGACGAUGAUGUUGCUGAAGCUGAUAUUAUUUCGACAGUGGAGUUCAAUCACUCUGGAGAGCUGCUGGCGACGGGCGACAAGGGAGGCAGAGUCGUCAUCUUCCAGCAGGAGCCAGAGAAUAAGAGCCAGCCGCAGUGCCGAGGAGAGUACAACGUUUACAGCACCUUCCAGAGUCACGAGCCGGAGUUCGACUACCUGAAGAGCUUGGAGAUCGAGGAGAAGAUCAACAAGAUCCGCUGGCUGCCCCAGAAGAAUGCAGCGCAGUUCCUGUUGUCCACAAACGAUAAAACUAUAAAGCUGUGGAAGAUCAGUGAACGAGACAAGAGACCAGAGGGGUACAACCUGAAAGAGGAGGAUGGGAGGUACAGGGACCCCACCACAGUCACAACACUACGGGUGCCGGUAUUCCGGCCCAUGGAUCUCAUGGUGGAAGCGAGUCCUCGCAGGGUGUUUGCGAACGCGCACACCUACCACAUCAACUCCAUCUCCGUCAACAGCGACUACGAGACCUACCUGUCUGCGGACGACCUGCGCGUCAACCUCUGGCACCUGGAGAUCACCGACCGCAGCUUCAAUAUUGUCGAUAUCAAGCCGGCCAACAUGGAGGAGCUGACGGAGGUGAUCACGGCCGCAGAGUUCCACCCCAACCAGUGCAACACCUUCGUCUACAGCAGCAGCAAGGGCACCAUCCGGCUGUGCGACAUGAGAGCGUCGGCGCUGUGCGACAAGCACUCCAAACUGUUUGAGGAGCCAGAGGAUCCCAGCAACAGGUCGUUCUUCUCUGAAAUCAUCUCCUCCAUUUCGGACGUCAAGUUCAGUCACAACGGACGCUACAUGAUGACAAGGGACUACCUGUCUGUCAAGAUCUGGGACCUGAACAUGGAGUCGAGGCCGGUGGAGACGUACCAGGUUCACGAGUACCUCAGGAGUAAGCUGUGUUCGCUGUAUGAGAACGACUGUAUUUUUGACAAGUUUGAGUGCUGCUGGAACGGGAAUGACAGCGUCGUGAUGACCGGCUCCUACAACAACUUCUUCCGCAUGUUCGACCGCGGGCAGAAGAAGGACGUGACCCUGGAGGCGUCGCGGGAGAGCAGCAAGCCGCGCGCCGUGCUGAAGCCGCGCAAGGUGUGUGGCGGGGGCAAGAGGAAGAAGGACGAGAUCAGCGUGGACAGCCUGGACUUUAACAAGAAGAUCCUGCACACCGCCUGGCACCCCCAGGAGAACAUCAUCGCGGUGGCCACUACCAACAACCUGUACAUAUUCCAGGACAAAAUGAACUGACCUCCCGUCCGAGAGAGGGGGGG